AUGUAUCGCCCUUCGCUGUCUCAGCAAACUCCAGGGCCCGCGACAUUGGCUCGUUUCCAGCUCGCCAAGUUCUCGUAUGCCACCACCUCUAUCAAUCAUAGAGGGCCAAUUACCUGGAGUCACGUCUUCGGAAAUGGAGAUAUCAUCGGGAUCUUUGAAAAAUAUGUGAUUCUCUCGUCCAAAAAAGUUCUGUUUAGGGUUCGCAAUAACCAGGAGACACUGGAGCAAGUGGCUAUAACAGAUCUCAUGAGGGAUUUUGAAGACCACGCUCGCUCGGCGAAAGAUAACCCAAAACCAGGUUUUGCGGUCGUCGUGAAACUUCCUUGUCUCGCUGUCAAAUAUCCCCAAAGUCCCGGAUUCGUACGACGCUUUCAAAUCAAAUUUUCUUCUGACCGAGACUUUUACUCGGCGCUAUCUAUCCUAAGCGAAAUCAACUGCCCUUUCUCGGAAUCAAACGUCGGUUCUGUACGGCCGAUGAGCAGGCCAGUUUCAUCACUCUCAACAUUCGGGCACAUCAAUACUGGCUUAGGCCUACAAAGUGACCGUUCAGCUAUAACUAGAGCACCAACGUCAGAUGCGAGUAUUUUCCCGUCCUACAGGCCAGCCUCUUCCUCUAGUGGUAUAUUAACACCAUACAUAUACACAGCCGUGCCAACCUCAUCUUCGAGCUCUACAGCUCUAGGCAGCACGAGUCGUGCAUUUAGCACCCUGAGUAGCAGCCAUGGGUCACCGUUUGAUGACACGUUCUCGGCAGGAGACGUACCUCAAGCCAGCCUUCAUCCAGAGCAAGGCGAGUCCAAACCACCAAGCACUUCCACAGGCCAUGACCUAGAUCUACCCCCUAAGAGAUUGCUGCCUUUUCCUACUUCGGCCGCGAAAAGGGGAUCGCGAGCCGCAAAGGCCAAAGAGGCAACCCCCCAAAACAGGAAAAACAAAGCAACUUCUACUAACACAACAUCACCACCGCCACCAUCAUCUUUAACAACCAUCGCGAGCCCCCGAAACCAAGCUACAAUCCCUACGCACGAGACCCCAGUCGCAAAUAACGCCCCCUUCCUUCCCACACAAGGAGACUUGGCCAACUACAUUUCCAACCCCACCAAGGAACGAACAGCGGCACUUGAGAACUGGAUCUGUGGGCAUCUCGAAGACGACAACUUUCUACAACUUUGUAUAGAUGUGGAAGGGGUUUGGACGCGGUUUGCAGUGGGAAAGUAA